AUGUUGGCAACGCUACCAGAAGAUGUCACCCAGGACGAUUUUGAAUUUGAAGCAGACGAUACCGAGGCGCGAUCGAGGGAUCGUAACACGUGGCGUAGACCUUACGGAUUAGAAAGGCGAUAUGACUUUGUACGGCUCACUGGGCCGCCACAUGCGAGACAAAUCGCUUCCGAGGCCGGUCCAUCCAAUCACACGAGGAGACUACUCGUCGACGCUGCUGCUCUCGACGGGUUUGAAGCAAUAACCCAGGCAGGGCACGAUGCAUUCGGGAACGAUCCUCUCCCUCGCCGCCACUCGAUUCCAGUGGCAGCUGCCCUGCCUGAGCGCGGAGGCUCUAGCCAUGCCACCGCCGAUGCACACCGGAGUCGACGCAAAGUCGAGAGGCCGGAUGGUGCUCAAACCAUCCAGCGUGUGGUCCUGGGGUCAAUUGUCACCUUUGGGGCUGGGCUAGAGAUUCUUGGGUUCACGACUGGCUUCGAGUCCUGUACGAUCCGCAUCAGUGGCCUGCCUUCUGAUGCUGUGGAUCGCGAGAUCUACUCGCUUUUCACCCAACAGGGUAUCGAAGAGGCGCGCCUUUACCUUAUAUACAAUAGACCGCUGGCCGAUGGCACCCGCGAAGCCAAGAUGGUUAUGGACGCGGAGUCUGCUCAAGUGCUGUCGGUCGGUCUCGAAGAUCUCGACUUUCGGGGAUCACGUUUGUCCUUUGAAGUCGGCACGUACAACGUACCAGGCAGGAUGGGUGCAUCCGCCGUCAAAGACACAAACAUCUUGACCAUAUCGUGCCCAGCCGCCUCGAUCCGUUACGUGGUAACCUACGCCUCCGAGGAACUCGCGCGUGACAAAUGCGCCGAAUUGGACGGGUUAGACCAUCGUGGCCGUCGCCUGAAGGCUGAGCACAGCCAGAUGCCUGUAGCGGAAUCUGACGAAAGUCACAAUGCUCCCCAACACGCGUUGAAGUUGAGCAAUCUGCCCAGAUCCACGACAUUCGACGACAUACGGUCUUUGGCUGGUCCGAACGCGCUCGCGCUUCGCCCUUUGGCUUUGAAGGGAGCGCUCAGCAACGACGUCGCACUUGACACACUUCGAGCGACUGUCCGCGCCUCUGGAUGCCAGGACACCGACAUACUAUCUUUCGAGUCGCCUGAUGCCACGGAUCUGCGCAACGGAACUCUCACUGUCCGUGUAGCCUUCUCGUCCUGGGAUGCAGCCAAGAGAGUGCACGACCACGUCCAAGGCAGGAAACUAGCGGCCUUGGGUAACAAAGCCUUUCAGGUUUUCCUCCCUUCACCCCUAUCCUACUCCAUUUCCAUUCCAUCUCAGCAGCACGAAGCUCAGGAGGCUCAAUGGAGCAAAAUGCGUCGGGAAUCGCAUUUAGGCGAUAAGACCUUGAGCUGCUUGACAAGGUCGAGAGUCCCUGGAAAGUCACUGAUUCGUCUACGCGUAACUGGUUCCGACACUAAAUCGGUUGGUGCAUUGAAGUUACGCGUCGAGAGCUUGGCCGCUGGCGAGAAGGUCGCGGGAUGGCAUUCGCGACUUCUACGGGACGACAACCCGUUCGUCGACCGAGUUUCCGCCGAAACUGGCGCCUUCGUACGUGUAGACAAGCGCCGGCGCCAGAUCAGGAUCUAUGGAAGUACGGAAGCUACCGCUCGCGCGCGCGAAAUGGUACUGGACGAGUUAGCCCGUUUGGCAGGCUUGGAUUUCCGGACGCAGGUCCCGCCGUCAUCGGUGCGGGCAUUCCUAGCGCAGGGGUUAUAUGAGCUUCACGACCUCUUGGGAGAAGAAAACGUUCACUACGAUGCGUCGAGACGUUUGCUCACCACGUCGGGAGACGACGAUACGCGCCAUAUUGUGUCUCGUGUCGUCAAGCGAGCUGCACGGAACAGCACGGUGAUAGGACACAAUGGCGCAGAUGCCUGCCCCGUUUGCUUUGACGCCGUUCGGGCUCCGCUCCCACUACCUUGCGGUCACACCUAUUGCUCGUCUUGCCUACGCCAUUUCGUCACGAGUGCGGAAGACUCAGACGUAUUCCCGCUCAUCUGUAUGGGGAAUGAGGCGCGGUGUAACGUUCCCAUCCCUCUCCCGAUGAUCGAGCGGUUUCUUCCACAGCCUGCCUUAGCUCGGCUGCUGGAAGCGGUCUUCUCUAUCUAUGUGUCUCAACACGCGCAGACGAUCAGGUUCUGUCGCACACCUGAUUGCGAGCAGAUCUACCGCGUCGCCUCCUUGAUCGGACCGAGCCCUUCACCUGUACAAUGUCCCGCCUGCCUAGCUGUCGUGUGCCCAGCGUGCCACGAAGACGAACACGAGGGGAUGCGCUGCGAAAACUCUCUCCUGCGAAGCGACCCAACACGACUCGAGGCACUGGUUGACGAGUGGAUCGCAGGUCAGGAUGGUCGAGUGAAGCGAUGUCCGCAAUGCGCAGUGCCCAUAGAGAAAACGGAAGGGUGCAAUCAUAUGGAGUGUAGAUGUGGCGCUCAUGUUUGUUGGACGUGCUUGGGCAUAUUCUCGGCCCAGGACAUCUACACGCACAUGCGGACUGUCCACGGCGGCAUUCACGACAAUCCUGCGGACGUGCAUCCAUACGCGGCUGCUUUGCCUGAGCCUGCGCCGAUCGUGGAUCAGUGGUUGAAUCGCAAUGGCGGCGUGCCUUUCCUCCAGGACCGAUAUCGACUAUUGAAUCGAGAUAACGCUGAUUUCGUACGAAGACAUGGAGCUCUAUGGGAGAGGAGGGACGACGGAGUAGAUGCCGAAAAUAUGCGGCUACGGGAGCGAUUUUUGGCGGCUGAGGCAGAGAGACAACGUCGGCGGGACACGGGAGCUGGAGCGGCUCAACAAGACAGAAGAUAUCUGGCUUGGAUGCAAGUGCUGCGUUGCCGUAUGUGA